UCGGGUGGGAGCGAAAGGCCUUUUCGUCUGUGCCCUUUGUAAAUCUGUCUCGUAAUAACGGCAUGGAAGCCCUUUCGGAGUUUUUCUCGCUAUUUUAAACCUUUUUACUAGUAUGGGUUUAUUCGAAGGAUAUUUUGGAUCUUAAGUAGCCUAGUGAUCGCGUAAACAAGUGUUGUUCAAUAUGGUUUUAUGGUGGAAUCUUGGUGGCUACUUUGAGUCUUGCGUUGUUGAGUUGAAACGAGUAAACUUUGGAAAGCUACCAGAAAUCCAGAAUCGUGUAGACCUCUAAACAGAUUGAUUCCAUGUGCGGAUUAUGUCAUAGGAAUAUUUCAUGGAAACGACACCUACCGAAUAGUUAGGAGGGAACUCGUGUGCUCAGUAUAAACCCCAACCUUUGAAGAUCAGCCUCCUUUACCUGGGAAAUAAUUGUCUGGAAUAUAACCGAAUCGCGUGUUUUGCUUUGACGGAGAACUAUUCGUCAUUGCCAUAAGUGAGCGCGUUAUUGAUCACUAGUGAGUUCGCUUCAUUAUAGAUUCCCCCAUCAUAUCUGGUCCACUCGAAUGCACUCAUUCUCGGCACGUGUCUACACACUGUCACCAUCUUUUAUAGAUCUAUGAACCAUCUCGGUAUAUAACCGUUCCGAUCGAUACCACCUAAUUAUAUCGCGCGCGUGAGAAUCGAGCGUCGGCAGCUGCCCAGAGGUCACUCCGGCAAGUCAAAUAUGGUUGGGAUUUCUGGUGGUGUUCUACCAAUGGAGUAAAUACUGAGAGAUGGUGAUCAUAUCUUGAGGAUUAUAUCGCUGCCGAGACGAGCCGGUUAUGAUCGAUUGUUUUCAUUACUGGAAUGUGAGUCUUCAAGGUCGUCUGGUCCAUGAUCUUCAAGGUCACGUGAUGUUAUUUCUCAAUUUAUGCGGAUGAGUCAACGUGCUUCAUCAGUUUACCCUUUUCUUGCCCGCUGUUGAUACUAAUAUGACACUUGAUGAAUUUCUAUUACUGCAUACCGUGGAGGUUUCUUCGCAACGUGUAUGAUACCGUGCGAAUCUGUAUGCUGGAUGUUGCCCAGGUCGACCUGAUAUCUCAAAGCCUCACAGAGAAAUCUGAGACAGACAUGGAGGCCAGGAAGCCCGAAGGUGACCUGGAGGUCAUGAAACCGAAGCAAGUUGAGGUAUGGCUUGAUGCAAACCGUGAUUGGUUCGAAGACUUUUUUCUAAAGGGUGCCAACAGAGACUUGGUGGAGAAGUGGUUGGACUUACACAAAGAUGAAGAUACAGCUUCACCUCUGAGUUCUUCUAGUCCAACAAAUACACCAAGUCCAAGUUCUCCAAGUCCUAUUAACAAUCCACCCAUACAACCGAUACCACCCAUGUCUCCUCAAACUACCAGAAGAGUGACAUUGUCCGAGCCGGAAGACAAAUCUGAAAGUAACUCAUCCGAUGAAGGAAUCGCGAACAUCCCCGUUAGACCCCGAUCAGGAUCAAGGCAAUACCUAAGACAGGACUUUGCGAAAGCGCGCUCUAAGACUGUAUUCAGCACGUGGGCCGCUGGAACUGGUGCGCGUGAUAGUUCUAUGCAAUUAGAUUCUGAGCCAUUGUCACCAAAGGAGAGAGCCAUGGGUGAUGGCACUGGCAAAGGCUUCGCAGGCAGGAGAAGAUUACGUCGAGCCUCGACGGUGCCACCACCCCAGACUUUUGCAAGUACUCUGAGCUCUUUGUUGGAACCUCGGGUACGACUCCCGCAUCGCACAAGCAUCACUCACGAAGCAAAGCUUCAGCUACGAUCAGCGAACGAACGCGAGUUUUUCCUGGCUCUUGUCAAAGACAUCUCUCAUGAUCUAGACCUGAACAGUCUCCGUGGUAAGAUCCUCUCUAAUGUGGGUAUUCUAGUGGACGCCGAACGCGUAGAACUAUUCCUGCUGGAAGGACCUAAAGGAAAGGAAGUGCUAGUAUCAAAGAAACGUGAUCUCUCACCAGGAGUUCCUACACAUCGCCCUACGGAUUGGUUACUUGGAUUUGGCAAGACAGAUCCAGAAGGAUCUCUUAUAGUCAAGGUUGGUGAGAGCUUGAUUGGAAAGGUUGCUGAGACUGGCCGCGCCGUCAAGAUAUCCAGUCCUGUUGAGGCUCGUCCCACAACUUGUGAAAACUGUGCAAACUUCUCCCCAAACUGUCACGUGCGAAUCAUGAAAUACGGCUCAUAUAUUCCGGAACCGCCAUGUUUGAAUGACGUACAACCCAAUCUCGGGUCCAGGGCGGAAUCCCUUCUGUGUCUGCCAAUCAGAAACAGUGAGGAUGACGUCAUCGGUGUGGCGCUGGUCAUCAACAAGGUUACAGGGGCAACAUUCUCUGCGGAUGAUGAAAAGCUCUUGGAGACUUAUCUGACGUUCUGUGGUAUCGGGAUCAGUAACGCCAUGCUCUUCGACACAUACAUGAAGGAAUACGACAGAAAUAGGAAACUCUUAGAAGUUGCUCAUGACCUGUUUGAAGAGCAAACGAGUCUGGACAACGUUGUUCAGAAAACGAUGCUACGGGCCCAGUCAUUACUCAAGUGUGAGCGCUGCUCAGUAAUGAUCAUCAAAGACCCGUCGGCAGAGACGAUCACGUUUUCGAAAGUCUUCGAUCUUCCUGGGUCGACAUCGAACGGGCACACGAACCCGACCUUCGCAUCGGGGGAUAUCAAACUAGCAAAUGGAAUAAUUGAACAAGUGGCAAUAAGUGGAGAAAGUGUUAAUGUCAGUGAUGGACAGAAUGAUCCAAGGAUCGACAAGGAGUUAGACAAGUCGAUAGGCUUCCAAACCAAUUCACUACUAUGCAUGCCCAUUCGAGAUAACAAGUGCCAGACGAUAGGUGUCGCCCAGGUUUUGAAUAGGACAGACGGUUUCCCAUUCGAUGAGAAUGAUGAGCAGCUAUUCGAGGCAUUCACAAUAUUCUGCGGACUGGGUAUCAACAACACCAUCAUGUUCAACGAGGUGACCAAGGCAAUGGCCAAGCAACAGGUUGCAUUGGAAGUUCUCUCUUAUCACGCAUGUACCACCAAGCAAGAGGUCAGAGCUCUAAAGGAUGCACGUCUUCCAGACAUCAAGAAGCUUAAGCUGGUUAGGUUUGAUUUCGAUGACUUCUCAUUAGAAGCAGACGAGAUGUUGAAAGCAUCCCUCAAGAUGUAUAUCCAGACGGGCUUCCUUGAUAAAUUCAAGAUUAGCCAGGAUGUCUUGAGUCGAUGGUUGCUGACAGUACGCAAGAACUACAGGCCUGUUGCCUACCACAACUUUAGACAUGCCUUCAAUGUUCAGCAAGUCAUGUUUGCCAUACUACAGAAUACAGGGGUAGCCAAGUACCUGUCGGAUAUCGAACAGCUAACACUCCUUGUAGGGUGUCUCUGCCAUGACCUGGAUCACAGAGGAACGAAUAAUGCCUACCAAGAAAAGUCUCAGUCACCUCUAGCUCAGCUGUAUGGUUCUAAGGCUACCAUGGAGUAUCAUCACUUCAACCACGCAGUCAUGAUUCUUAGUAGCCAGGGUCACAACAUCUUCGGGAACUUGUCACCUGAGCAGUAUAGCGAGGCAAUGAAUAUCCUCAAGCAUUCGAUAAUCUCGACCGACCUCGCCCUCCACUUCAAAGUUCGGGGCCAAUUCUUUGAGAUGAUAAGGAAUCAGACCCAUAACUGGAAUUCACCACAAAACAAAGAACUACUCAGGUCGAUAUUGAUGACGGCGAGUGAUGUUGCUGCGAGCACGAAACCAUGGAGGAUACAACAGAAAAUCGCCGAACUGGUGACGAGUGAGUUCUUUGAUCAGGGAGACAUGGAGCGGAAGGAACUCAAAAUCGAACCCACGUCUAUGUUCGACCGGAGCAGAAAAGAUGAGCUCCCAGAAAUGCAGCUUGGUUUCAUUGACGGAGUCUGUAUACCACUUUAUGAGUCUCUCGUUCAUGUGUCAGUCAAGUUCAGACCUAUGCUGGAUGGUGUGACAGCUAACAGACAGAAGUGGUACGACCUCAACGAACAGAGAAAGAGAAGGAAAAAAAGCUCUUAUCACAACUCGAAGCAAGGGAGCGUAUAGUUCCCAAAGUAUCAUGAAUGAACAAUAUCCAAUUGGAAAUGAUUGGAACUUUAAAUGACUUUGCAUGCAAGAGAGUAUUGAUACCACGUGAUACAGGAUAUGCUACAGCAAGACUCUGAAAGCGAUAUAUAGAAGUAUGUGGACCUUGAGAAGGAAUAUUAAUGGUUUAAGAGAACAUUGUUUGAUGGUUUGUUUUAACCCUGACUGAUUAAGAAAGCAUAUGCAUGCUUGUGAGGAAGCAACCAGGUGACCAAUGGCUUGAAGUCUUCUCUGAGGGACUGAGUAAUUAGGAGUAAUUACGCCUUACCAAAGGGCACUGGUGCAUCGAUUUGGUUUUGAACCCAGGAUCUCUCAGUUACGAGAUCUCUGCUCUACCACUGAGCCAUCUGCCCUCCACUUGAUGAUAUGGCAUAUGGAUGAACAGGGGGUGUAUGGACAGGAAUUAGACAAAUUCGUUGGAACCAAUAAUUAUGAGCAAGAGAAAGAGAGAGAGAGAGAGGGUGAGAGAAAGAGAAAGAGAAAGAGAGAGGGAGAGAGAGAGAGAGAGAGAGAGAGAGAUAAUGAUGAAGACGGAAACAGAAUGUAGGUUGGAAUAAUUAACGAGUCAUUUUGUUAUGAUUCCAUACUGAAAUGCAUAAUCACAGGGUCCUAAUAUUGCACUCUGCAGUAUACCUAAAUCGUCUUGAACGUUCGAAAUACAAACUGUCAUGUAAAGAAAAAUUAGAAUUUUGAAGCAAUUGAAACCCCCUUUACCAGCCCCUCCCCCCCACCACACACACAAGAAGAAGAAAAGAAAGGAGGUUAUUCUCAAUUGUAAUUUCAUUCACCAUUAGUAUAUGUGAUCUACUUGAUCGUAAUACUAAUAUAACAAGGAUCUUUUUCUCCCAUGAUGAUCUCCAUGAUAAACGUUCAAUAAUCCAUAAUUUUGAUUUAUGAAGAGUAAAUUCCCGUAGCACUAUGCUACAGUAAAUACUAAAGAACAAAAUUGAUUUGUCAUGGCAGCAAUAAAUUCCUUUAAAUGAAUUCAGAAAUGUUAUGCCGAGAGGGGUGGAAAUAACUCACUUGUUAAAAUGUCGUUCUGUUAAGGAGUUUGAGUAUUUAUAAUUCAAUGCCAUAUUAUUAUGUGCACGUCACAAAAGGCAAAAUACUAUUGUAAACAAAAUAUCAGUGCUAAUUGGAUACACAUUUUCUCUACUUCUAAAGAAAUAAACAGUAUCGCCGUUUCAUUCAACAUGACAUAAUUAUGUCACAACUUAGUCGAGUAAACGGUACAUGCAUAUCAUAUUUCAGGAUCGAAUCUGACCGAUUAUCUGAUUAUUAAAUAUUUCAUUAUCAAAAGUUUGACUCAAGAAGGUAUGAAGACGUGUAAAGAGUAGACUGAAAAGUGGAAUGAAAAUGAAAUUGAAUAAUAAUCAAAUGUGAUGUGAAUAUUGUUAUUAACAAUAUGAAUGUACAUAUUUGUUAUAUCAGAAAGCAAACUUAUAAUAAAUGUACAUAUACAUUUUAUUACCUACAAGUACUUUCAUUUCUUAUUCCCAAUAAGUAAUCAUUAUAAAUUAUGGUUUACAGAUGAUGUAUAUGUUUAAUAAUUUCGACUUGUAAUCAACUUUAUUAUUUAAGCAUAAUUGAGAUCUUUUGUAGCAUGAUGACAUUGCAGUGUGUCACCCCUAAGUCAAUAGUAUACUUUUAUGAAAAUCCCAGUCAAUGUUUACCAACUUUCAUUCUUUAUCAUACCAAACUUUUAAAUCAUAUAAUUAUCAAAUUUAAAUUAUUCACUGAUAAUGGUUCCAAAUGAUAUUAAACAAAUUUGAUAUCCUUUCCAGAAAACGUUACAGCGAAGGGACCUACCCUAAAAAAAUCUUAUACCCCUAGUAAACAGGUUCAUAUAUCUUAUUGGUCAGUUAAUAUUUCAUGUAAAAUUGUCAUACCUUAUCUCAUGGCUACGCUGUAUAAAGCAAUGAAACGUUGUCACCCCCGUAUGAUAUAACUCAUUUACAUGCUUAUAGCAACACUUUGUUGACCUCCCUACUACCAAAUUGAUUUUUCGGUCAAGCAUUGAAUCAACUACCUCAAGCAUGUUUAUCUGCCAAAAAAAGUUCAUCUGCUAAUUGUGUUAGCACCAUAAGCAAACUAUUUGGAGUCUGGGACUCAUGCAAAAGAUAUACUUCAAAAGAAGAACCCUACCUACAAACCGGUAAUCAGAAAACUCACUUUUGGAAUUGAAGAUAUUAUGUACCAUUUCAUCCACUUUUAACAAAUAGUAAUCCUUGAAACGUAUUCUCUUAGAUGAUUGAUUUCGUGCCCAUAUUAUUUUACAUUGGAGAAAAUUCUCCCAGUCAUCGUAUGAUGUUCUAUAGUUGAUGAAGUAUACUGAAACAUAUAACAUCUAAGACAGUAACGAUGUAUAAGAUUGGAACUUGAAAGAGAUGGAAUAAAAUCAAAGUGGCUUACCUUCA